GCGGUGAUGUGAGACAUGGAAAGCAUUGGAGGCAAACAACUCAUCGCUCGCGACAGUGCUGAUGCUUAGGCCGGACUAGAAUAACCGUGGCUUUAUAAGAGCCAAGGGUCCCUCAGCCGCUGGGACACACGGCAGCGGCUUCAACUGAGGUCCCUACGCCAAGUUUCUUGCAAGGUAUACAUAUAAAUUAUUCCCUCUUCGGCUGCUGGUCGUUCGGACCAGCUGUUUGACCCUAUUUUCAUCCGUUCUCGUUAAUAAGGCUUGCUUUUUGUCAAUAUGGCCACCCCGAUGGAGGUUCUUCCUGCGAAUUUCCGCGUCUCUAGCCCAACGGUUGCUCUUUUCGUCGGCGCGCUUUUUGCCUUUGCCGCGAUCUGUACCCUAGGAACUGCCAUCUACAAUCUUUACUUCCAUCCUCUAGCACACAUCCCGGGCCCGAUCUUGUCGCGCGCUUCUAGACUCCCUUACACGCUAUGCAUGCGUAAUGGCACCAUCAUUCCCUACGUCCGAAAACUCCACGAGCAGUACGGAGAUGUGGUUCGUGUCGCUCCCGGAGAAGUCUCCUUCAUCUCAGGAGAGACCGCUUGGCAAGAUAUCUAUGGGUUUCGUACUGGAAAGAACAAGACGGGCGCCUAUCUGAAGGACCGGACGUGGUUCCCACUCCCUGUAAAUGGGACCUACUCGAUUAUUGCUGCCGACGAGGCAACGCACUCCAGGAUGCGGAGGAACCUCUCCCAUGCGUUUAGUGACAAGGCAUUGAGGGAUCAGGAGAGCUUGAUCCAGGGCCUUGUCGAUCUGCUCGUCCACCGCCUGCAUGAGCAAGUCCAAGAGAAGGUUCCCGCCGUUGAUAUCAUGCGCUGGUACAACUACACCACUUUCGACGUCAUCACCGAUCUCACAUUCGGCGAGCCCCUCUACUGCCUCCGCGACAAGGACUACCACCCCUGGGUCAACGCCGUGUUCGCCUCGGUCAAAGCCGUCGGCCUCAUCGCCGCUCGCCGCAAGUACCCCAUGUUCGACUACUACGACCGCGUCAAGGGCAUUUUCACCGACACCUCGGCCGCGAUCCGCAAGCGCGAGGAGUUCUUUGCGCUGGUCAGCUCCAAAGUGGGCAACAGGCUUGAAAAGGGCAGCGACCGUCCCGACUUUAUCUCGCAGAUUGUGAAGAACGACGGCAUCAGUGAGAAGGCUAUGAGCAGGGAUGAGAUGGAUUCGAACUCGAUUAUUCUGAUGCUGGCGGGCAGUGAGACGACGGCGACGCUGCUGUCGGGCACCACGUAUCUGCUUUUGGCGAAUCCGGACAAGUAUAAGAAGCUGGUGGCGGAGAUUAGGGGAAAGUUCCAGAAGAUGGCGGAUAUUAAUGUCGAGGAGGUGAACAAGAUGGAAUACUUGAUUGCGUGUCUGCAGGAGGGCCUGAGGUACUAUCCGCCGGUUCCGACGGGCUUCCCGCGUGUUGUGCCCAAGGGCGGCGACACUAUCUCUGGGCAUUAUAUCCCUGAAGGCAUGGCCGUCUACAUGUCGCAACACGCUGCCAACCACUCGACGCGCAACUGGACCGAUCCCGAUGCCUACGUGCCGGAGCGAUGGAUGGGCGACGAGCGCUACAAGAACGACAACCAGGCCUCUAUGAAUGCCUUUUCCUUCGGACCUCGCAACUGCUUAGGCAAGAACCUCGCCUACGCCGAAAUGCGCCUCAUUCUCGCUAAAGUCCUCUUCAACUUCGAUCUCGAACUCACAGACGUAUCCAAGAACUGGAUGGAAGGCCAGAAGGUCUUCACGCUGUGGGAGAAGCCGAGCCUGAUGGUGAAGCUGCACCCAGUCCAGCGAUAAUAAAAUGCAGAUGACUAGAUAGAUUGGGUAUCAGAAGAAGAAGAAAGUGUGGACAGCGAAAGAUUGACAAGGGGCGCGUUCUGUGUACGGGCGGCGGCGGCGUACGGAGCAUUCUCCUCCUUCCUUAU